GCUUAUUUGUUGCAAAAAAAAAACAAAAACCCAGAAACCUCAGACUCAGUCAAAAUAGGAGGUAAAAUAAAUAAACAAAUGGAUAAAAUACAAGCUAUAAACUGAGUCGAAUAGGUUGUCCAAUCAAAACGCCCGGCGCAGGUCACGUGAUUACUAUUCGCGUUAACUUCCUCGUUUUGAGCUGUCAGUGUAAAUAGAGUGGGUUAAAUGGAGAUAUUUAUGUUGCACUACUAAAAGUAUUAUUUCUUACUCUAUGUAGUGAACUUAUGUGUAUUAAGGAAGGUCCUAUUUGGUAUUGGACACCGUGUGAAGCUGUUUAUAAUUCAUUUCUCGUUUCAGAAUGAAGUCCCCAUGGACUUUGCUCUUUCUCGGCCCGCUGCUGUGCGCUCCUUCAGCUUGGGCUGUUUUGAAGCCUAAUUUUGUCCUAAUGAUGGUGGAUGAUCUGGGAAUAGGAGACCUUGGAUGCUAUGGAAACACAACUCUGAAGACCCCUCACAUCGACAGGCUGGCAGAGGAUGGAGUGAAGCUGACCCAGCACAUCGCUGCCUCUCCUCUGUGUACACCCAGCAGAGCUGCCUUCCUCACCGGCAGAUACCCCAUACGAUCAGGAAUGGCCAGCCACGGUCGUGUUGGGGUGUAUAUAAUCUCUGCAGUAUCUGGAGGCCUUCCUAAGGAGGAGAUCACAUUCGCCAAGAUCCUGAAAGAGCAAGGCUAUGCAACAGCUCUGAUUGGAAAAUGGCACUUGGGCCUGAACUGUGAGCACAACACCGAUCACUGCCACCAUCCCAGCGUUCAUGGCUUCGAGCACUUCUACGGCAUCCCCAUGACCAACCUGCGUGACUGUCAGCCAGGCCACGGCUCCGUCUUCUACAACGUCCGAGCGCACAUUCCCUACGGAGUGCUGGGUACCGCCCUCGCCACCCUACUCCUCCUCCACGCUAAAGGACUGGUUCUCAUGUCCCGCAGGCUCGCUCUGUGCCUGGGGGCGACACUGUUUAUGACGAUAGCUCUGUUUUUCCUCUGGGUGCUCACGUUCCCCUACUUCAACUGCUUCUUAAUGAGAGGAAACGAGGUGGUGGAGCAGCCGUACGUGUCCGAGAAUCUCACGCAGAAGAUGACCAAAGAGGCCAUCAAGUUCCUGGAGAGGAAUUCUGCGAGACCGUUCCUGCUCUUCUUCUCCUUCCUCCAAGUUCACACAGCUCUGUUCGCUUCUCCUCACUUCCGCGGGAAAAGCCGGCAUGGCCUGUACGGAGACGCAGUCAUGGAGGUGGACUGGAGUGUAGGUCAGAUAAUGAAAACUCUGGAGCAGCUAAAGCUGAAGGAUAAGUCGCUGGUUUAUUUGACCUCGGAUCAAGGCCCGCACUUAGAGGAGAUAUCCAUCCAUGGCGAGGUGCACAGAGGUUACAGCGGCAUAUAUAAAGGAGGGAAAUCAACCAAUUGGGAAGGAGGGAUUCGGGUGCCGGGGAUCCUUCAUUGGCCGGGAGAACUUCCUGGAGGAAAGGUUAUCGAUGAGGUCACAAGUAACAUGGACCUCUUCUCUAGCAUGGUGAAAUUAGCUGGAGCUAGCAUACCCAGUGAUCGGGAGAUAGAUGGACGUGACCUCAUGCCAUUGCUGCAGGGUCGAGUGCAGCGUUCAGAACAUGAAUUUCUGUUCCAUUACUGCAAUGCCUUUCUGAAUGCUGUGAGGUGGCACCCUGCUAACAGUACCUCGAUAUGGAAAGCCUUUUUCUUCACUCCUGAUUUCUACCCUGAAAACUCUACCACCUGUUUCCACACGCACGCGUGCUUCUGCACUGAGGCCUACGUGACCCGUCACGACCCUCCGCUGCUCUAUGAUCUGUCGAAGGACCCAUCUGAAACGAACCCGCUCACCCCGGAUACAGAGCCCAACUUCAGCUCCGUGCUGGAGGUGAUACUGGAGGCAGAGAGGGUGCACACGCUGGGUGUUAAAGCCACCGAGGAACAGCUCUCAGCCAAACACAUGGUCUGGAAGCCCUGGCUCCAGCCGUGCUGCUCCUCCCUCCACCAGCUGUGCAUGUGCCAACGAGACUGGCAAAGCGGGAUUGUGGUAAAUGCAGGAGAGGGGCAGGAAGAGAAAGAGAAAUGAGUCAGCAGGUCUGCUCCAAUUGGUGUGGACAGAUCUGCAUCCUGUAACUCCUGGGCUGAAAAUGAGUCCUACUUCAGCUCUCCACGGUUGUCAUGUUUAGAUGGAAAAGAUGGCUGUGUAUACACCCAGUAUUGGAAAAGCACGACUUAGUUCCGUGUAAGUUAACUGUGAAAUGAAUGGAACAAAUGUGGUUGGUUUUACGCUUGUGCAAAGAAACAAGCCAGCAAAUCCUGUCUCAUGAUUAGACAAACUGCUUGAAGAAAAUGCAGUCAGCCUGGAUGGUGUAGUGCCCCAGAAAUCUAGGAAUAUAAGGCUAAAAUGUCCCAUUCCUAGGACAUGUAGAUCCUUAAAAAGAAACCCCGAGUUGCAAGUAUACUUUACAAAAUCCUGACAAUGUGACUUUUAAAAAUGGGGGGAAAAAAAUGAUGUGUGAAACUCUCCACCUCCUGCAGUAUCACAGUCUCACCUAAUGAUAAAGUGCCCUAGAAACCUUGGAAUGCAACACUAAAUAUCACACACUUAAUCCCACGGCUAGGAUUUAAUCCCGUAAUCCCAUGGCUGGACCUUAUAUAGGACCCUGAGUUCAGAUGCUAAUAUUAAAAUCCCUUGGCACGCUGGCAAGUGUUGGAACUUGCAUUCCAGCCUUUCCCGCUGAUCUGCUGCACUGUUUCAGUCUCAGCGGAUGAAAGAGGAUGUGAAAGAAAGGGAAUCUCGCUCUUCUGUUGAGUUUGGAUGAUUUAUGAAAGGCCUUUGGAAGCUUCAUCGAUUUCUUUGAGGUGCACACAGAUGCAAAAGAUGCAAGCUUUUCCAUCAUAGUACGCACAAACCCGGGCCUUUUCACAACAAGUUGCUUAACAGAGCUAUUAAAUCCAGUCUCUGCCAUGUCUUUUCAAAACAAAUACCUCAAUUGUCUAUUUUUCUUUAGCUUUAUUGGCAGUUUUUAUGGGUCGUACGCUGAAUUCAAACUGGACGUGUUGUCAAGCAUUCUUCAGUCAGUCCACACCGGUCGCACCUCUUCUACUUGUAGUAGAAAGAACACCAGGGCACUUUGAUUUUAAUCUGUUUGGGCAGCUCUAGCAUUCGAUUAUCAGUUAGGAAUUGGUGAAUUCCUAACUGCCCUUCCUUCUGCCCAUUUUCUUCUUUGUAUUGAGAGCGAUAUUAUGACUGGAGCUGCUGUAAUAUUGCUGUUGGUGUAAACCAAGUCAUGACAUCUAUGUAGAUUAUGAUUUUGAAUUAAAUACUCAGUGAUUUACACUUCACCUCUGCAUACACAAUUGAAUCCAAAAUCAUAUCCUGUGUCGCUCAGCCUUUAGACUCUAUUCACUCUUGCUGGAUACUGCAUAUGAUGAUAAACAUCUCAGGUAUGGAUGAAACUCCCAAGAUGGUACUGAUUCUCUCUGGUCCAGGAUGCUUGGAGAACCACAAUCCAUUUAUGACAGUGAGUUGGUUUGAAUCCCAGAUAGAACUUUCAUUUAUCUCUUGAACAUGAUUAUUGAGAAUUAUCUGGAGCAUGAGGUAAGACACUGGCGAGGCUGGCUCACUCAAUUAAGACCGUAUGCUUGGAAAAGUGGUAAUAGUUUGGCAAUUUGGAGCCAGGGAGCACCUGGCAGUGGAGUAGAUGGUUUAUUUAAAGAGUAGAGUUUCUGUUGCCAACAUCGCUAUACAGCCAUCCUUUUUCUCACUGCCUCGAGCCAGCUGGUCCAGUUCCAUUUGAAGAGAGAAAUGCAUCCCGUCUCGACGUCUUUAAUUUCUCUCUGCCUUGAACUUCAUUAAGUAGUUUUUUUGAUAACUGUUGGGGAAUAAUUGCUACUUCCAGUCAACAGCUAAUGAGACUGAUGCGGGUUUUGUUAUUCAUAUUCGCAGCGUAACAACUAAAGAUUUACUUUCCUCCAAAUGCCUCAACGUGUUGUGCGGCAUAUAAUUAAAUUAGACUCUGUUUUUGUAAACACUUUGCUUUAUUAAUUAACAAUUAAGUGCCAAUUGUGGUGCCAGAGGUUUGAUUGAACCUUUUUGUGUUACCUGCCGAUUGAAAUGGGGCAUCAAAGUGAGUAACCUGAGUAAAUGUUGUGUGUGUGUGUGUGUGUGUGUGUGUGUGUGUGUGUGUGUGGAGGGAGGGAUUUAACUCUCUACUUCUUGAUAUGUAAGAUCAUCUGCAAUCCAGAUUACAGAUACAAUCCCACAGUUUGGCCACACAGUAAUGAUAAGAUGUGAAAUAUUUAUGGAUUAUUGGCAUGCCGGCGAGUUUGAAAGAAAUAAACCCCAGCUUUUAUAUCUAUGGCCAUGACCACGUGUUUACUCUGGCUGGCACCACAGUGAAAUCACACUCAACGCCUGGACCGUGCCAAGCCACAGCAUAUGUGCUGCAGAGAUAUUCUCCCUGCCCUCAGUCACCUAACUAUUGCUCCAAAUUGAGGCUAACCCACUCCUGAAGGAACUGUGAUCAAUCCCACCCAUCCUUACGGUUCAUUUUUUUAGUAUAUCUGCCUGCAAUGCUUUCUAAUGAACAUAGUUGGAUCGGUUUUCCAAAAUAUAGACCAAUUAGUAAUUUAUACUAAAGUGAUUUUAUUGAAGAUGAAUGAAUGAACAUACUGUGUGUAAUUGAGCAAUCUGUCAUGUCCAAUAAAGUUCCUAUAACAUUCAUAUCUGACCACCUGCAUGACAACAGAAGCCUGCUCCAGCAACUUUUUGUUGGGUCACGUGCGACCCAAGUCCCAAUACACACCAUUAGUAUCAACAUCCAGUCCACCACAUUGAAGACCCCAUUUGCCAUUUCUAUGCUGUUUACCCCCAAUGGUACCCAAUACGAUUCAAAUAUAGACCCUAUUCACAAAGAAUUUUUGUUCCACAUCUGAUAUUUCAAAUUAUUUUCAUCCUCAAGCAAACCCUGAAAUGAUUGGUACACUGCCAGACAUUAACCUUUCUCUUUACAAAUGAACCUGCGCAGCUCAGCUGGGCUCGGCUUGGUCCCAUUUGCGCAACAAAAUGGUUCUCGCGCAUCUGCUAGGGACAAACUUCAGUGUGCAGGAUAGCCGUCUACCCACAGCAGUCCAUGCUCUCCUUUAUUUUUUUUAUUCCACACUCGCUGCCUCGAGGCUCAUGACAUGGCAGGGUGUAAUUACAUAAACAAGCACACUAGGGCUUCCUCUAUUCUUGAGGCCACAUUCCCAGUGGAAAGAACGAGGAAUAACAGGAGUGUGAGCCAGGGAAUCUCUAUCCCCAUGUGUUACAAUGUUUUCCCCUCUUAACACAGCACCCAGCUGUUCUAUGAGUGUAAAUUCUACAAUGGACAUCUUACUAAUGAUGGUGGAUGAAGCUGUACUGUCUCAGCUACUGACUUAUUUAUUCAUUUGGCAGACAGUUUUACCCAACUAACAAGUGAGACAGGUUUAAAUUGAAGCAUGGAGGUAAGCAGUCAAGGGCCUCUGAUACCUAUUUUCCACCAACGAGGCACCAGUGUCCUGUAUGAUCUGGCUUUCCUUGUGUUUCUGCCAUGAACCCAGUUCUCCUCUGCUGUGGAAAAAAGAACCAAUGAUAUUAGCAUCAUUUCAUCACUAUGACAAGAACUGCUGUUUACAUGACUUCCAUUAAAACAUGAAGUGAAGCUAAGAAACAUACUGGUGGAAACAUAGUUUUGUUCUAGUGGGUUGGCUAUUAAACUCAUGAAAAUAUGACUCAGUUCUAGCAGUUUGACUAUUACACCUGUGGAAAUGGGUUGGUUCUAGUGGUUUGCCUAAUAAACUGGUGGAACUAUGGCUUGGUCCCAAUGGUUUGGCUUUAAACUGAUGUAAAAGUGGGUCAGUUAUAAAGUUGGCAGUUAAACUGGUAGAAACUUUGGUGGAAACAUGGAUGGGUUCUAGAGGUUUGGAUAUUAAAUGGGUGGAAACACGGCUUGGUUCCUAUAAAAGCUCCGGUUUCAUGGUUGUGGAAAAAGUAGCAUGGCAGUCCUGGGGUUUGAACUCAUAACCUUCUAAUUAUACAGCACAUUUUUCAGUUUUAUUCUUAAAAAUUCUCAAAAGAAUUAUGUCAGGGCUUCUGAGCUACAAAACAGAAACGUUUUCGCCUGAUUUUUGGGAAAUUCGAAUUCCAACAAUUUCACUAACAUCCGUAGACUAAGCCUUAAUCUCUAGGUGGAAUGGCUGGCAUUACGACACUAGCACAGUUACUGUACUGUCCUGAGUUGUUAGCACACGUCUGCACGUGCACUUUAUGUAGAAUGUUUGUAGAUCUUAUUUAGUUCUGUGUCGUCUCAUGUGGUUAGUGUGCUGUUUUAUGGUCCUAGAGGAACGUUGUUUCGUUUCACUAUGUACAGUACCAACUGUAUAUGGUUGAAAUACUUGAAUUUGAACUUGAACUAGACAUUUGUGGCUGAUUGCCCUGUGAUGUAGCAUAAGACCAUAGAUCAUUCGAAGAUCACAUAACGGGGAACUGAAAACAUUUGGAUGGAAGUGGAUAACUGGCUUCAUGUCUCAGAGGAAGCAAAUGUGUGUUUUUUUGUUUUUUUUUUAAAGUUUAUACAAAGAAUAUUGUAACAAAAUUAUCAAAUGAUAAAUAUCUAAAUAUGGCAUGUGCUUCAUAAUUACCCAUAGUAGACGCUCCAGAGAAUCCAUAGCAUGAAUAAUGUCUCAACUACGCUUUGUCUUAUGUUUUAAAAGACAAAUGGGAUAUCAUGUGAUGCCAGUGAUCCACAAAGCUGAUUCAUUCAUCAGCAUCAACUUAAUGGUGCUCAGUAAAUAAUAUGCAGCUCGUGUCUAAUGGAUACUAAUUGAAGCAGCUGCAGUGUUAGCAUCUAAACGCUGCCUUCAUGUAUCUCUUCUGGUGGAACUACUUUAAAAGGUUUCAUGUUGAAUGUUAAACAACAAACAACACAGUGACUUCUAAAUUGGUAGAACCAUGGCUCAGUCCUAGAGGUUUGAGUAGUAAACCUGUGGAAAUGGGUUGGUUCUUGUGGUUUGACUACUAAACUCAUGGAAACGGGUAGGCUGUAGUGGUUUGGCUACUAAACUGGUGAAAACAUGGCUGGUUUGGCACCUGGGUUGUAGUGAUAUAGCUAUUAAACUGGUUGAAACAUUGCUCACUUCUAGCAGUUUAGGUGGAAACAUAUGUUAGUUCUAUUGGAUUGGCUGUAAACUUGUGGAAACAUGGUUCAGUUCCAGUGGUUUGGCUAUUAUACUGGUAGGAACAAUCAAUUCUAGUGGUUUGGCUAUUAUACUGGGGUGAACAUGGCUCAAGUCUAGUGUUUUGGCUGUUAUACUGGUGGAAACAGAUCAAUUCUAGUGUUUGGGCUAUUAUACUGGGGGAAAGAUGGAUGAAUUAAACAUGGAUCAAGUCUAGUGGUUUGGCUAUUAUACUGGUGGAAACAUGGAUCAGUUGUACUGGUUAGGCUAGGAGGGAACAUGGCUCAGGUCUAGUGGUUUGUCUUCAUGCAUUCCAGCUCAAGCACACCUGGCGCAACUAAUGAAGCCCAUGAUUAGUUGCAUUAGGUGUGCUUGAGACAACACCUGUUUUGCAUAUUUGUGCUGUGGUGAGGGAUUCUAUGCAGGAGGCUGAAUAAUUUUGAGACUGGAGAAAUCACUAUAAGUUGCAUUUUCAGUUGAAUUUGGGGAAACCACUUGAAGCAUUCGUUGUGUUGAACUAUUUCAAUUGCUUUUGUUCGAUUUGUUUGUUGCAAACAGCUGAAAGUCUGUACAUUUUGACAGUAGACCUGAUUUGCAAUGGGGGUGGAAUAGUUUUGAUUGCAACUGUAUAUAACUAGAGCCUGGGUUUCAUAAUUACCCACAAUACACACUCUAGAGAAACUAUAGCAUGAAUUUGGUGUAACUUUCAUAGCAGGCUACCUCAUGUACAAACACAUUUUAUCAAACAGGUACGCAAAACUACUGUUGUGCUCAGUGCACAAUUGUUUCUGGCGGAAUAGAGUUCUAUCAGCCUGUUUGAAGGCAAGUUGAAGGCGUAUUUAUGCCUCCUCAUCUCUUUCUCUUACUUUGUCGUUAAAUCACAAACACACAUAGGGCACCACGAAUCUUUCACCCUUCCCUGGGGAAACAUCAUAACCGGCUGGUGAUAUCAAGGCCAAGCAAAAUGGCUGUUCAGAGAGGUUAGACGACUCGCAGAGUUCAAACGGCCUUUCUCGUGGAUACGCUUGUUCUCUGAGCAUGAAACCGAGGACCUGCAGACAAAUUCCGUUAUGGUGGUGUUGUAAAAACUGGUGGCAGGGAUCCUGCUGUGAGUUUUAGCUUGGGUAGAUAGUGUUCUCGAAUAAGACAGGCUUCAUCUUUGAUUCUGCACUCCAGCAAGAGUUCGGUGAGGGCACGUUCUUUCAAAUUCAACCCCCACUUAUUUUUGCUUCCUGCUUUCAUAAUGUCAUGCUUAGGCUAAGCCAAUUCUCUCUACAUUGGCAUCUCGGUUAAAUCCAGAAAUAACCUUCAAAUAUAUUCAAACUUCAGCUGCCAGACUCGAGGCUCCUCACACAUAACAUUACGCCCAUACUUCAACAGUUACACCAGCUGCCUGCUUUGAGUUUAGCACACUUUCCAAAAAAACAGAUCAGCCUCCACAAGAGACAUGCAGUACCUCGAGAAUAAGACAUGAUCUCACAGGGACUGUUCUUCUGACCUGCUUCAAAAUAUAACAUCUCUCUUCUCUCAACAUUAUCUCAGGUAAAGAAACCUUAAGUAUCAGCAAGGUGUAGAAGUAUUGCUACUGCUAUCAUUGUAGUACAGAAGCCCUAAGCGGCCAUGCAUUGUUCAUUUCUUUUCUUUGUUGUUUUCUCGUGAUCUCGACUUAAUUUUCUCAUGAUCUCCACUUAAGGUGUUUUCUCAUGAUCUCGAGUACAUUUUUACGUGAUCUUUACAUCACCAAAAGCUGUUUUCUCACGGUGUAAUUGUAUCCCGAGAAAAUCUCGCACCUUGUGAAUGGGACUGGUGCUACAUGCACGUUGGCAUCUUCACCAUCAUAAACGUAAUAAGACAUGGACUUUAUCUCCGUAUUAAGAGAGAGGGGUGUCCCCUUCUCGAGUGUCAGACACUAACGUGGAAGUCGUCAAUUCUGCAGAAAUGACAUGUUUUUGUAGGCCGUCCCAGAAGUUAGCAUCACCUUGGUUCCCUUCACAAAACGCCAACAGGAUUUUUCCAUCGGCUUUUAGAUUAUUGCAGAAAAUAAGCUCUGUGACCAACAAAAGUUUAUGAUUCUUACACGUUUUGUUCAUCAAGAUAAUCUUCACAAAUGAGCGGAACUUUUUAUGUAUUUUGAAGCCUAAAUACGAUCGCCAGAAGUAAAAAGCAUG